UCGGUUUUCACCACUCUAUUCCGUUUCCGUCACACGUGCGUUUGUUUUGAAUACCCAAAUGACAUUGGAUGGAAAGCACAUUUUGUAAUGAUGUUUAAGUCUAUACUUCCCUGUGGCAGGUUCCAUUUGAGAACGUCGACACUACUGGAAUUCAAGAGAUUCCGUUUCAAAAAGAAAUGGGCAACAAACUGAGAAAAGAAAAGCCACACUCUUCUACACUGGCUUUGGAACACUUUUGACACCUUUUACAAGCCAGUGUAUGGAGAGUCGUGGCCCUCCAUCAGGGUGGCGUUGUUGUCUCCAGCAGAAAUACUCUGCCCUCAAGUAACAACUAUUCAGACUUGGAGUGAGUCAGGUAGCAGACUGGAAAGUCUGGGGGCUAAAAACAUCAUCAACAUUGCCCAAACACACAACAGUGAACAAACUAAUGAAGACAAACAAGCAAGAAACUGAUGAACUUCAAGGUCCAGUGAGGGAACCAGGUCUUGAAGACUGGAAUCUCCAAGAUCAUGCUGCAACAAAACUAUGUUUGACAAUACAUAUUUUCAAUCAAAAAUCUGACUUAUCUAGCAAAGAGUUGAAACACACUGGUGAUGUGAUCUCAUUGACCCUUUGUCAUUGAAUCCUGACACAAAUUUAAGUGAGUUUAUGCCUGUGGAUAAAGUGUACUCCGAGAAAGAGAUCCUGAAGAUGGCAGAGGUGCAGCAGAGCAUGUUUGAGCCUAGAGACAUCCAAGUGAGCACCGUUAUGCCAAUACCAGCUACCUUACCGGAGGAGUUAAGAAUGUUUGCCUUCAACAAAGGUGACGUGUCAACGUUCCCUGCUCCCAAAUUAGAUUCUACAAACCUCGUGGGUUACUACCUACUUGAUGCAUCAUCAAUUUUGCCGGUUAUUGCACUUGACCUCCAGCCACAUGAUUCAGUCCUUGACCUUUGUGCAGCACCAGGGGGAAAGACUCUUGCAAUGCUUCAGUUGGUGUCUGCAGACUACAUGACCUGUAAUGAUGUAUCAACUGCCCGGCUGAGGAGACUGAAGGAAGUGUUGAAGUGGUACUACCCACACUACAGUAAUGUUGACAUACUACAGAGGGACGCCAGGCAGAUGCAUGAAUGUCUUUACUCUAAGGUGCUUGUUGAUGCUCCAUGUAACACUGACCGUCAUGUUGUGUUGGAAGAUGAAAACAAUCUGUUCAAGCCCUCACGAGUCAAUGAGAGACUUGAACUGCCACGCAGACAGAAGGACUUACUCUUAGCUGGCAUCAAAUGUUGUAAGCCUGGCGGGUCAGUGGUGUACUCUACCUGCACGCUGUCCCCAGCACAGAAUGAUGGCGUCAUACAGGCCGUUGUGGAGGAAAUAUGGCAGCAAACAUCCAUAGACAUUGUUAUUCAGGAUCUCACCUGGAUGGCCUCCAAGUUUCGUAAUACAUUCAAAUUCUAUAGAAACUGUCGGCAUGGGCAGCUAGUGCUGCCUUGCUUAACAGCAAAUUUUGGACCUAUGUACUUCAGCAAGAUAACGAGAAUCAAGUAGCUUGUGUGUCUCACAAAUAAACUCUGUGUUGAAUUUCA